UAACAAUUUACGACAGUGACGCGAAUCAUCUUAACGCAAUCAUUUACGGCUCAUGGCAAACAGCUCACGGCAGGACUUUUGUUUACUCGCCUGGGGGGCCAACAGUUACGGGCAACAUGGACAGGGGCAUGAGGAGGACCAGUCACUCCCACGGCUCUCGAACAAGGCUGCUCUGCAUGGAAGGACAGUCCAGGCUGUUUGCGGUGGCGGGGGACACUCAGUGGUUGUCACUGACGACGGAGAGGCGUUUGUGUGUGGGCAAAAUCACAGAGGCCAGCUUGGACUCGGCCACACUGCCAGCUGCUCAACACUUCAGCACUGCUCAGGCCUGAAUCAGCGAGUCACAAAUGUUGCCUGUGGCUGGGAUUUUACUCUUCUUCUUACUGAUUGUGGCAACCUGUUAGCAUGUGGCUCCAACGUGUUUGGACAGCUGGGUAUUGAUCAGAUGACUUCACACUCUGCAGAACUGUUGCUCGUUGAGGGUCUGAAGGAGCGUGUGGUGAACGUCACAGCUGGCCUCCGGCACGCUCUUGCAAUCACAGACUCGGGAUGCGUCUACCAGUGGGGGACAGGUCUCUGUAGCCUUGCCAAGAGAGCUUUGAAUCCAGACCCUGUUCCAUCACACCUCAACUCCAAGGUUCCUUCUCUCGUGCCAGGUCUGGAUCAGAAGAUGGCUCGUGUUGUCACUGCGGGCUCAGCACAUUGUGUAUGCCUUACAGGAGAUGGUGAUCUAUUUCUGUGGGGAAGCAACAAGCACAACCAGCUGACGGCCACCGAGCCCUUCUUGUCCACUCCUGCUCUGCUCAAGCGCUCACUGCUGAAUGGAGAGAAAGUUGUAAAAGUAUGGAGCGGUUGGACUCAUAUUAUUGCCCAAACAGAGACUGGGAGAGUCUUCACUUGGGGCAGAGGGAAUUACGGACAACUGGGCCGGCUUCUGACAGAUGGCCCGAAUUCUGAGCAUCAAUCAGCAGACAAUGGCAGGCAGACUUUCCUGCCUGCCGAGGUGAAUGUCCUCUGUGGAGCAACACAGAUUGCAUGUGGAUCUGAACAUAACCUCGCUAUUGUAGGGGAGCGCCUCCUUUCCUGGGGCUGGAAUGAACACGGAAUGUGCGGCGACGGUUCGCUGGCAGACGUCUUUGAGCCGCAACUCGUUCCCGGCCUCAGACCUCUUGUCAUUGGCUGCGGGGCUGGACACUCAAUGGCGGUGUGCGUCGGGAAUACGUGCAAAGACAAGUGAUAAACUCUGCACGCACGCCACUUACAUUGGAGCCAUCAUGCCACUCAGAUUUAGAUCUCAAUUCCUGUUAUGGAAUUAAUUUAUGAAUGAACACUCAUCUGAGUGAUGAGAGCGGUCAACAGCAUUUUUUUGUUUUGUUUUGUUUUUCGGUUUGACCUAUAAAAGCUUGCGCAAUACAAAUUAGGCUUGACACCAUAGGUGUCAAACUUGGCUCAUCGGCAAGCGCUGCAGGAGCCUGAUGACGAACCCGAUCAUUUGAAUCAGGUGUGUUGCAGCAGCGAGAUCAGGAUUUUGGAGCCCAUCACCGUUAGCAACAUUACAAAACAAAUAAAUAAAAACUAUAACCCCUACGACCAGGAGAUGAACCAGCCAUUUCAAUAUAUCGCUGCCAUUGGACCUCAGAAGGCAUAAUUUGGUAAAUUUUAUUUUAAAACAAACAAAAAAAAAAGAUCUAUACUGUUAGUGUACACGCAUGUGAGUUAUUUUUCCAAAUUACUGACCAAGAUUGCUCACUUUAAUGAUGUAAUGUUACUGGUUGAGCAAACAUGCCUUUUUUUGGAGUCUCCUGAAAAGGGACGAAUUGAUGGUACAAGGUUUCGACUUGAUGCCAGUGAUAUUUAAACAACUUGUUUAUUUACUGUAUACUUGACACCCGCUAUUCGCGGGGGAAUGAAACUCACCGAAUAGACAAAAUUUAUGUUUAAUUGACGGCCGCUGAAAUGCAUUGGGGAAAAAAAAAACACAACAUAGAAAAUUCUCCCCAUAACGAUGAUAAAAAUUCAGUGCACGGAACAUUGGAGUGUGGAGGUGGUUAUAAUGGCAGCACAGAACCUCCCUGGAGUGAACGAAACUAUGUUUGCUUUCAUGUCUUAUUUUGCAGAUUCAAUCAAUGUCGUGCAAAAUGACGUGCCGAUCCAAUCGAUCUGAUAAGUCUAAUCCAGAUUUUACCAUGCUUUAUAAUUUAUAGCUACGGCAUUGCAGAAAGACAUUCCAAUUAUCGCUGAACCUAACCUGUAAUGUCUAAAUAUACUUCAUAUUAAAUUAUUAUGUUAUUGUCAUGAAAAUCUGAUCUGCUAGAUUAAAAAAAAGAAGGCCAAUUCAGAAUUUAAAAAUCAACUCAAAGUUUAUUUGCAUUGCUGAGUUUAAAAACAAAAGAAAAACGGUAAAAAAUGUGUUGACUCGUGUUAGCUAGCGAAGCGUUAGUCAGCAACUUUCACCAGACCUUUCGGUAUAGUUAAGUGUCCUAAAUGCCUCUGUGUGUGUGGACAUGAGUUAUGUCCGAGGUCACGUUUCUCUAGUCAGUCCGUCAAUUUGACGGCCACGUUGGAGGCGCGAUAUCUUGACGUGACAUGGCCAUUUGUACACCUCGUGGCCCUCUGGCCGUGUUGGCCCUCCCGAAGGAUUGAAGGCGUUGAUAAUAUGGGGGCGGGGCCCAGCUGUGGCUACAUCUUCAUCUUUCCACGUCGACACUUUUAUUGCUGUGAUCUUGAGCGUUAGGAGGCACUCGAACUCUGAUGUCUUGUACUUUGGAAUAUCUCUUACCAGCUCAUGAUUUACUGCUCACACAUGGAUGUUUUUUUUCUGCCAACUGUCUCACUUAGAAUUGUUUGUCUUAUUGCCACUUUGAUAUUGUACUUGUCAUUAAUUCCACUUGGGGAAGUUUGCCUGCUGCAUUUGAGCCAACUUGCACAUUUAUAAGACAUCUGCAGUGCAGUCGUACCAGGUGACAACAUACACAUCAAGGCCAAUAGCUCAAGUUAUUUUUACAUUUUUGCUGUUUUUAGUUUGAUCUGUUUAUGCUAAUAUAAUAUGCACACCAAAUUUUUACCAAGAUUUUGAAAACAAUAAAUGAACACCCCCUGAAAAUCUC